UUUAUUGCCCACAAAAAUUCAAUUCUGCACGUGAGAAGAAAGUCCGAGAAACACACGAUGCUAUGGUAACCCGCUUAAUGCAGCUUGUUGCAGAUGAUAUCAGUCUCAUAUCAGCCCCACUGUUUGAUCCAAUUUCAUAUCACUGUUGACAUACGCAAAUACUGACACACAUUAGACCUCUCACUGGUUAUCCUUGUAAAUAUGGGUUGAGUGAUUUGUCAAUGAUCUGUUGCCAAGGAAUGCCGCUGUAGUUACGACAAAUUUCCAUUUGUUGACACGAAUAACUUUAUCGUACUGACUGGCAAAACCUUUGGAUUGCGUCUCUGGCCCUUGCACGUGCUUGUAUCCGGGAUCUGUUGAUAACUUCCACAGAGAAAGUUAAGCCGGUGUUAUCUUGCACAGUUAAACGUGCUUUUUAUUCAGGACCAAUAUUAUCAAGUGCUUGCAAACAGGAAGCCACGAGUUUCGUGACUUGCUCCUAAACACGCGAAGUUUUUUUUUUUGUUUUUUACACGAGGAAUUUAAACUAUGUUAUUCGGGUGACGUCAGCUCCUAUCUGAUCGUAUACAUAAGCAUGAGCAGGUCAGAAACAGUUCAUUCAUUCGCUCGUUCAGCGAAGCUUCCAGUCGACUCAACCAUGUCUGUAAUCCUUCAGUGCCCGGAAGCUCUCAAACCCUCUCUAUCAGCGAUACUAGCUGCAUUAACUUACACAAUUCUUUGGCCGUUGAUCAUAGUUCGCAUCGCACUGGCCGUGGGCCUCAUGCGGAUCGCUUCAUCGCUUCCUAUCAUUAAAGACGAGAUCAAGAGGUAUAAUGAAAAGUUCUUGUUGGUGCCAUAUGAAAACUUCUGGCAGUCGUGGUGUAGCUUGAAAAUGUUGCGAGAGGUGGUGAGGAUAAACCUGGCCGAUUUACACAGAAUGGCUCGGCUUGGGUCUCCAGCUCCAAACUGCAAGUUGGCUUCAACGGAUGGAAAAGAGUGCAGACUGCUGGACUUGGCCAGAGGAAAUCGACCGUUGGUUCUUAACUUCGGCAGUUGUAGCUGACCUCCGUUCUACAUCCGUCUCCAGAACGACUUCUCUAAGGUCGUUCGGGAGUUUGCUGAUGUGGCAGACUUUCUCGUUGUUUACAUAAGCGAGGCACACCCGACGGACGGUUGGAGAUGGAAUAACAACGUCGAAAUUGCUCAGCAUAAGAGUUUAAAAGACCGCUGCCAAGCUGCAGAAAUCUUGAAAUCCAGUCAAUGUCCGGCUCCAGUCAUGGUCGACACGAUGGAGAACGAAGCCACCAAAGCUUAUGCCGCAUUCCCCGAAAGAUUGUUCAUCGUACAGCAAGGACAAGUAGUGUACGAGGGGGGAACAGGUCCGUACAAUUAUGAUUUGACAGAAGUACGACGGUGGCUGGAAGAAUACAGAGAUAAACAACAAAAACUUUAUUGAGAUAACAAGAUUGUUUGGUGGACACAAUUGUUUACUAUGCUAUUUAUUACUGUUCUUUCAAAAAGAGCUUUGAGCUUGUAUAUACAUAUUUAAGAGAAGCGUGUAAAACGAGGCUUCGCUAAGUUAAUAUCAGUUGUCAAAAAUAACAGAUAACACGUGACUCUUUCUUGAUCUGGACACGCCAAGAAAGACAAUAAGAAUAUUUUUAUAGGAUAUAUUUUUCUACCGAUGUCGUUGUUAUUUUGUCCAAAGUUAACGUGUGAAAAAUGACAGCUUUAGAUACAAACCUCACUCGAAGGGUUCUUUAGCUUGAAGCAUAUACACUGUUAACAGAGGAAAAGAAAUGUAAUGAUUUGUUUGCAAAAUAAACCUGUGAAAAUUGGUUUUCUUUAA